AUGAAUGAGGGGUAUGAAGAAUUUCAAAAAUGUGUUGAAGAAUUUGUUUCAAUUCUCUCAUCUUCAUCUGGUAAUACUAGUGAAACUACACCUACAAAUCAAGACAAUAACUUAGUCUUAUUUGAUUAUAUAGGUGAUGGAAGUCUUGAUAAGGUCAUUCAAACUUCACAAGAUGAAUUCAUUGAUGAACCACCUUUUAACUCAUUUACAACCUCAAACUCACAAAACCAGGAUACUAACUCUAAUGAAGAAGAAGAAGAGCUCAAUAUCGUUCUUAGUCAAAUUAAUGAUCAAAUUAAUAAAAUUGAAGAUGUGAGAGAUGCUUUAAAGAAUUGCAACGCUAAUGAAAAUGAAACAAUUAAACGAUUUGGUGAUUCAACACAAGGACUUAUGGAGUUUAUUCAAAUAGCUGGAGAGUGCGAAAAAGAAAGAAUUCGAGAGGGAAAGGAAAAAAAUAUACAAACAUAUUCUAAUAACGAAGUUUGGUCAGAGGGAUUAUUGAGCUGUGCAAAAAAGAUUGUAGAAUGGGCACAAUAUAUAAGUUCUGCUUUAAUGAAUGGAGAACCAGACGAAAGAAUUUUAGCUGGUCUAAAACAAUUUAAAUCACAUUGUUCUCAACUACUAACUGCAGCUCGAGUGAGUAUGGAAGAUCAAUCUCCUCUUCUUCAAAGGUUAGAAAAAAGUUUAUGCUCUUUAAUGAUUCAAAUUCAAAAAAUCAUUCAAAAUAUUUUAGCAAGACAACAAGAACAACAACAAGAAACUAAAAAACAAAAUAAAACUAAAGAGAACGGAAUUGAGGGUAAAAAAGAACUAAUGGAAUCUCAAGUUCGUGUUCUUCAACUUCAAAAAGAAUUAGAAAAAGCUCAGAACCAUUUAUAUUCAUUGAGAAAAGAAGAAUACAAUUAA